AUGGAAGACGGCGGCGGAGAGGAGGAGCGGCGGCGGGAGAGAACCGGGAAGAAGAGCGUCCUAAUGAUUCCCUCCUACCAGAGGGCGGCUACCGACGUCGAGGGAGGGGGUGGUACCCCCUGCUCUUCCGCGUCAGUCCCUCAGCCCAGCGCUUCGUCCUUCUCUCAGGCCUUCUCUUUCGUCAAGAGCUCGGAGUUUUACUCCCCGCCCCCACCUCCGCCUCCCUGUCCUUCUCAGACUCCGGAGAAUGCCCUCGGGUGAGUGAGUGGCCUUGUUUCUUUGCGGUUUCGAGACAAUUUGUACUCGUGCAAUCUCGAACAGCUGGUUUCCUUGUGAAGGUAUCAUGCCGCAGCACAGUCUGACAAUCCGGUGGGGGAAAUGUCUGCUUCUUCUUCUUCUUCUUCUUCCCAGAAUUUUUCCGCCCAGAACCGCAAUGCGAUCCUCGUUAGCCAUAGACAGGUCGGUCUGCCGUUUUUCGAUUGCGGGAGGAAAUCGCGCACUUGCUCUUUUCCAGUGUCAGGAAAAUUUCCUGAGAUUCUUCUUGGGCGCACGUGUUCUUCUUUCCAUUUGUAGAAAGGGAAUCCAUUGCUUAAGCAUAUAAGGAACGUGAAGUGGGUGUUCGCGGACGUUGUAUGCGACUACUUGCUUGGACAGAACUCCUGUGCAUUAUAUAUUAGGUAGCCAUGACCUUCUGCGUCUUCUUGUAUUUUCUAUUGAAGUCUGUGCUGGUGUUUCUGUUCUUGUUAUUAACUUUCUUUUGAGAUAUUAUUGUUAUCUAUCUGGCGGCUUUCAAAUCAAUGCUUUGUUUGUACAACUUGAAUCUCGAAGAAUUUAGAACCCAUUUCUUCCUUUCUAUUUUGGAUGGAAAGUUGCCUGAGAGAGAGAGUGACUGAGAGUUAGGACACGAUAUAUGGAGUGACAAAUUUUCAGCAAGAAACAGGCGCUAGAUUUAGACGAGGGAAAGAUUAUUAGCGAAACUCUGAAGCUAUUAAGCUAUCUAAUGAAGCACGAAAUCUACUGUCUUCUUCGCUGUUGGCAUCAUACAGUGUCUCAGAGGGGAUUAAGUAAACUUGAAGGUACAAAAGCAAAAAAAUUAAGUUUUCAGUUCAUGGCUCGCCCAAAGGGGCCAUGCCUUCUGUUAAAAGAUCAUGUGCUUGUGCAAUUUUUUAUGAUCUAUAUCCCUGCCCUUGUGUUCGGUAAUCUCAAAAAGAUGGAUUGUGUACUAUUCUUUCCCUCUGCCCAGUUACACAAAAUCGAUUCAAAUCAGAGGAGGAAUUUGUAGCAUAUUGUAUGCUGGCCUGGAAAGGUCUCCAUAUCACAGGACACGUUUUUUUAUUCUUCUAUGCUAUGUUGUGGACAUUUAAAAUGUGUUCAUUCCAUUAGGAUCUGUUUAAGAUCCAAUAAUGUCUCUGUGCUUUAGUUUUCUGCACGAUUGUCAACAAAACCUUCAAUCUCUUUCAGUUCUGUAAAAUAGUUGAAUUUGAAUAUUAAGUCAGCGUAUGAAAGAUGUUGUGUUGAUGUUCCAGUGUAUGAUUGAUUUAAUUACGAAAUUCAUCACAUAAAUACGACCAAAAUGAAAUAUGAUUAGGACACAUUUUCCUAGGCUGGGAUUUUAAAUUUCCUUAGGAAUUGUAAUCAAAACGAGGCAUGGGUCUGUUUUACAUUAUUUAGUGGAUUGGAUAAUGUGACAUCUUGUCUAGGGGAGCUUCAUUUGUCAUCUUCUAACCUCCAUUCGGCCGCCUUAAUGAAAAAAGAUAUGUAAUGCCCGUUUUUAAUGUCAAUGAGAGGGAAGACCUAACAUUAGCUUGAUAAAUGUGGGUAGAAGACAGUGUAGGAAAUUGAAAUCUAAGGUGCUACGAGCAAAACAUUUUGAAUUGAUCUAUUGGCCUGAAAAAUGAUUACAAGCUAAUGUUUUAUCAACACUGUUUUUUCAAAGCAUUUCCUGCCAUUGGUGUUCGAUUUCUAGCAAUUAUGCAUGCGUUCUGAUAGAUAUCUGAAUCAGACUACCUUGUAAAGCUUUUUGCCUUUCAAUCAUGUUCUUCUGUGUACAAUAAACUGAACAUUCUAUGAAACAACCAUUAGGAUUUCCUUUUGACUCAUUUGCCCAUUUUGUGCAGCCUUCGUUAUCAUCUUCUUCAUCCUGAUUACUUGUAUUAUCGUAUAAGAGAACUGCAGAAGAAUUUUAAGCUUCGUGUUGUUCUGUGUCAUGUUGAUGUGGUAAGCACUACUUUUCUGUGCGUUUCUCAAACUAUUUAAAAUUUUGGGAGCCGAUACAUUGUUGUGAUCUUUCAUAACAUUGUGGCAUUUGAUGAAGAGAUCCCACACAAAGACAAAGCAAGAAGAAGAAUAAGUGAAAGAAAUAGGAAAGAAAGGGGUUUUAGGUCAUGAUGAUGGAUAACAAAGUAUGUCCUCUGCAUAAAUGAAGUAAAGUAGUCUCACUCCACCACCAUCAACUUUUUUUUUUCCCUUCUGUCUUAUAUGCGUUAACCUUCUUAAUGUGUAAAAAUAGUGUUAAAAUGAAAAUGAAUAUACCAAAAUACCAUCCUUUUGUUAUCCUUUAUUAUAUAUUUGGGAAAGAUAAAUAUAGUGACAAAUCGCGAGUAAACAUAAACCUUACCUUGAGAACAGAUGGGCGUAAGUUCCAAUAUAUGAUGUCAAUUGAUCUAAAUUGAAUAUACUGGAGGCACCCCAAAUCAAGGAAUACGGGAAAUUCUACCGAUUCAUGUCAACUCCUGGAUUAAUUAGACUGUCAGGUUCUCUUGUUGCUUGUAACCUUUGAUUAAACGUUAUGGAUGAAUAAAUCUGUGUUUUGGCCAUCAAAUGACUAGCGUAGGUUCCUUGGACUACGGUGAAAGAGGGACAUAUGAAUUCACCUCCAGUUCUCAUAGUCAUAUGUUAUCCUCAGCACUGCGCCUAUCCUUGGAAGCUUCUCCAUUCAUCAAGGAUUAUUGGUUUGUGUCAAUGUUUCCUUUGCUAAUGGAUAUGGUCUUCCCAACUUUAGCAGCACAAGAUUUUGAAAAACCUCUAGUUGACAUCGGUGCCCUUUAAUGUAUCAUUUUGAAACCUAGAUAUUUUUUCCGCUCAUUCGUAGGUUGAUGUAGCUAAGCCUUUACUCGAGGUCACAAGGACAUCAUUGCUACAUGAUUGCACUCUUUUAUGUGGUUGGAGGUAUAAUUCUUGUUCUUUUUAUUUCUUUUUCCGUGAAUAUUUAUUUUUGCCUUGUUGAUACAUAUUCGAGAAAGGCUUCCAGUAAAAAAAUUAUUAAUUUGGUGGAGAAUCAUGUAGUGAUAAUUCUCAAGUUUUAAAUGGAUUUUAAUCUGUAUGCUGCUGACCUUCAACAUCUUAGUUGAGUUGUACUUUCCGUCAACAAAUUUUGCAACGAAGGAUCAAUUUACAUUAAAAGAUCCUAUUGUAUCAAUUGACUUUUUAUUUCUUAUAUGCGAAAGUUCUCAUUAUUUUACAUGGCCAUCCCGAAAUGUUGAGGUAUGCAAAACCUAGCAACAGAAGAUUAAGGGUUCGUUUUGCCAUCAUGGCAUGAAUAUGGACUUUCUCCAGAAUAAAUGAACAGAGAGAAAAUAUUAACUCUUCCAAGGGAACCAUGUGCCGUUAAUCUGCCUAUAAUUGGCUCAUAUUCAUCAGUACCUACUGAGUGAGAUAUUUCCCAUGAUUGCCAAAGCGCUCAGGUUGUUGUUGCCAUUUAUUCUCCUCAUGUCAUAUAUUUAUGAGUGACGCACAUAUUUUUGUUUUGUUUUAGAGAAAGGGUAGCACUACCCACCAUGCAGGAAAAAAAUCCAGUAUUCGCCAUUAAGGGGGUAUUAUUGAGGUCAGUGAUAAAUGGAGUGCCAUGGGAAUCUAAUGCUAGACAAACCUAGCGAGCCUAAAGGUCAUGGCUUCUGGUGAACAUACCCUACCAGGUAGGUAACGAACAUGGCAAGUUCUAAUUCUGAACUAUACAACCUUGGGAUGUUAAUUAUCUAGAAGAAAAAUACAAGAAAUCCAUCAAAAGGAACCAGACUUGAAUGAGAUAUGAUGUAAUUUAAUCAGUACCUAUAAAUGACUGUUCUGGUCUACUUACGAAAAUAUAAAUAAUUUGCAUCGUGUAGAAUCCAAGGCAAUACACUGGGUGAUAAGCAGAUGAUUAAGUUGACUCCAUCUCAUAGUGCAUAUAAACAUGGACGUAUCUUGGCAUAAAUGGUUUUGAAGCUAUGGUUGGGAGAAUGGGAGUUUUUUGAAGCUAUGAUAGAAUCGUCCACGUCCAGGCUGUAAAAUGAAACUUCAAGUUAUAAUUCGUGCUUUUAUUUGGAACUUGUCUCCCCUUGCCUGGGAUGUACUUCAAGAUCUUUUUGGCAUGGCUGUGUAUCCUGCAAUACUACAAGUUGAAUCCAGGAAAAAACUGACUGGAACCUGUCACUUUGUCCGGUCACCUACAGAUCAUCAGGGUUAUGUCCACUUCAACAAGGAAAUUAGGAAAAAAAAAUAAUCUUGAAUAAAUUGGUGAAAUGAAUAUCAUAUUUCGUUGCCUGACUCUGGAUUAGAUAUUCGGGAUUACCCCAGAGAGAAAAUGCUUAAAAUUAGUGAUAUAGAAGUACAGAAUUGGAAUAAAAUUGACAGUGGUAAACAUGGACAUAUUUGGGUUGUUAUGAAUCUAAAGAGGAUAUUUUCAUUAUUCACGGUAAUCUACACAAUCAAUAGCGGAUUCAUGUUUUUGUUCGUCAGACUAGAUCAGUGGAUGCAGUGGGUAGCGUGUUUCAAGCGUUUCAUAUGAUAGAUUAAGACCAACUAUUUGAGAAGGGAAAUUUUGCAAGAGGUAGUGUUGAGAGGCAUCAUGUGCAGUAAUGCUUGGACAUGGGGAAUGGUAUCAUGGCUUAAGAGUUAGAGAUGCGAAUGAGAAAGUGGAUGAUUGGCAAAACACUGAGACAGAGGUGUAGGAAAAGGUUACGGGUGGUACAGAUAAGGCUUGAAAAGUGAACAUAGGUGGUCUGCAAAUGUGCACAAAUUAAAGGUAUUAUAUAAUGGAGGAAGGUGGGAAAAAGAAAAAAAACUGGUCCUUCAAAGAAUUGUAAUAAAACGGAGGAUUGCAUGGCUUAGCUUGCCUGAUGUCAGAAGUUAGGUACCUAUCGUUGGGCUCCUAACAAAAGAUAUAAUCAACGACAUUACAAGCAACCUCUCCCACAAUGAUUUCAGCACCAUGACCAUAAUAGCAAUGAUAAAAGAGGAGCCUCUAGGUGAAGUGAUUCUCUUCUCCUUAAGCUGAUGCCUAUGAUAGAAAGCUACAGUCCUUUCUGUCCAAGAUAAGAUGAUCUGACAGUUGUUUGGACAUGACUGAUGAUGUUUUUUCAAACUGCAUAUAUUACUUGAUGCAAACCAUUCAAGGAUAAACAGUCUGAAAAAUCUCUUCAACUACUCAAAUCAUAGAACAUUUGCUAGGUUAUAUAAACAUUAACCUGGCCACUGAACAAGGAAACUACAUAGGUUAAGAAAGCUGACCAACUAGGACACUGACAGACCAGGAAACUAACGAACUAGGAAACCGCUCUCAACUAGCUAAAUGACCAACAAAAACUUACUCCAGUUACACAUUUUUCCGCAUUACCUAAUCUCAGCCAAAUUGUGUGGUAUUUUUUCUCUAAAAUUAUGACUAUUUAUCAUAUGUUAGGAUCCCGAUGGGCCUUAUGUCAGCAGAAGUUGGAGGGAGUGUGGAUCACGUGGGUGUUAAGUUAGAGGUUUUUUUGCUACUUUCGUGGAGGGGUGAUAGGGGAAUUUAGGGCUGGAUUAUGGGAGGAAGGGUUACGGGCUGUUUUUUAGGGUUUCAGGCAGCAGCAUCGCAGCAGUGUUAGCCCUCUCGAACGACUAACAAAGGGAGAGUUGGCCCUCUCAAAAGGCCAACAAGGGGAUUCCUAACUCUUGGAUUCGUCCUCAGUGUGAAUCUGGUGUGACUUUUCUAUUUCAUGUGUUCAAUCUUCAUUUUCUGUCUUGUUUUGUCUUGUAGUCCUAUCAACUAGUAUCAGAGUCAUCGGAGAGCCCACAUUCCACAGGUUCUAGGUUCAAUGGUGCUCAAGUCCCACAACAGUAGGUUAGAUAUUCUAGAGAAACAAACAGCAGAGGCGAAGUCGAAAAUGGGUGAGAUGAAAUCCAAGAUGACUGAAGUGAAGUCCGAGAUAUGAGAGAUGGAAGUCCAAGCUACAGUGACUACUUGAAAUUGAGAAGAAUAUAGAGAGUUUGAACUAGGCAAUUGAAGGGGUCGAAAGCUAAGUGAUAAAAACCCGUGGAAGAGGAAGAAACAAGUGCCUUGACGCUGAUAACAGCUCAAGACGAUCAACAAGACAUAAUACAAGUACAAGAAUAGAAUUUUAUGCGAGUCCAAGAUUAGGGGCGGAGCCAAUCAGCAACAUUGAGCCUUGUAGAGGAGAACGGCGAUUGGAGAUGCCACUGUUCGGCAGAGGGAUCCCUGUUGAGUGGGUAUUCUGUGUUGAAUUAUUCUUCUCCAUGAACAAGAUGACAGAGGCAAAACGAUUGAUGGUGAUAUGAGUGACUUCUGAAGAUGAAGCACUGGUGUGGUUUUGUUGAACUGAAGCACGAAGCUCUUUCAGGAGUUGGAAGAAUCUGAAACACCAAUUGUUGCUGUGUUUCAGCUCCUCACAGUGGGAAGUAUACGUGAACAGUUCCUAGAUGUAAAAUAGCAGGGAUCUAUUGGAGAAUGCAGGAGAGAUUUUUGAAAUCAUGUCUGCUUAAAUGGAAGGACUGCCUGAAGAAGUUCUGAAGAGUAAAUUUAUCAAGACCUUGAAACCAGAGAUCAGGGCGGAGAUCAGAGUUUCCAAAGGAGUCGGUCUAAACUCAGUUAUGGAGAUGAUGUACUUGGUAAAAGAAAGGAACAACGUCACUCUGAGUUAUGGCCACAGUAUAGCAACAAUUUCAUGGAUUCCACAUUAAGGAUAAGGUGGACCUCACAAGGGGAGAGCAAUGUUAGGAACCCUGUGGACCUUACGUCAGAAGAAGUUCAAGGGCGUGUGGUCAAGUGAGAGUUAAGUCGAGGUAUUUUGCCAACUAUCUUGGAGGGGUGAAAGGAGAUAUUAGGGCUGGAUUAUGAGAGGAACGGGUAUGGAUUGUUUUUUAAGGUUUCAGGCAGUGGCAAAGCAGGAGAACAUUGGCCCUUUUGAACAGCUAACAGAGAGAGAGAGAGAGAGAGAGAGCCGGCCCUAUUGAAAGGCCAACAAAGGGGAUUCCUAACUCUAGGGUUCGUCCUCGAAAUGAAUCUGGUGUGAAUUUGCUAUUUUAUGUCUUGUUUUGUUUUGGAGUCCUAUCAAGGAUAGCUGAGAUGGUUUUAAGGUUUCAGGCAGUGACAUAGAUUCCUGUAAGUUUCUUUUUCUAAGGGAAAUAACUUCUAGGCAACUGCUCUAUUCCUGUUCUUUCUGCUGUAACUCUACAGAUGGGUAUUGUCUCACCAUUGCUUAGAAUUCGACUUGAUGGAAAUAUUUAUAUAUUGGAAGUCAUAUUUUUAGGAUAAUUUCCAGGACAGAUAGAUUUCACUGCCUCUGUUUUUUUUGUCGAUUUUACAUGCAGCUAAUUUCUCUUCAUUCUUGCUAGUUUGGAAGAAUGCGGUCGUUACUUGGAGACUAUAAAGGUUUAUGAAAAAAAAUCUGCAGAUAGCAUUCGAGAACAGAUGGAUACAGAUUAUUUAUCCCGGGUACUUCUCUUAUUCACUUGCUGUCUUUUCCAGAUAUAUUGGACCAAAAUUUCAAAAGAGAACAUCUAAUUUCUAUGUUGGAGAACGAAGUUGUUUCAUUUCGUUGGCGUUAUGUAAUUUCUAUGUUGGUUAUAUGACAAGUCUGUGAUUUGAAAUACGACUGAAUAACAUCAAUUCACAAACAUUAGAUUGGAUGAUAGCUUUCAGUGAGUUCUAAAGAAUCACUAAUAUGGCACUUUUCUUUAGAAAUAAAUCCUUUGCCUUAGAAGAUCAUUAUUAGUCGUUAAUUUGCCAAAGCAUUAAUAGGUUCUAGGUUAGAGUAAGGUCAGGAGUUUAAGCUAUAUGUUACCAUCAUAUGUAGGACGAGUCAAACUUUGGCGUCAAUAUUUGAGGUACUGUUUGGGCAUUAACCUUCUAAUUGGAUACAGAAGAUGGUUUUAACUCUUCCAUCGAAGAUUUUUAAGUAUGGAUCUUCUGAAUACAAAAACUUUUAGGUUGAAUAAGCAUCAAUUUAAUUGUUCUUCCCAAGAAAACGUAUUCAACUUAACUUAAUGCUGAACCAAUAAACCCAUAUUCCCUGAUCCGCCCUCUCAAAGGAAUAUGCGAGUAUGUAAGCUGAGAAUGGAACUGUUUUGUCAACAAAUCUCUUGAUUAAGUUUCAUAAAUUUCUCAUGAUGGUUAUUUUCUAUGUUCAAGGGUUAGUGCUCAUAAAGCAAUUAGAGAUCCUGAUUUAUUUUUCUUUCAAUUAACCAGAUUAAUCUUCCUUUUUUAUUUUGUAGCUAACUCAUGCACUCACCACCAUCCGGCAUGUCAAUAAGACUGACGUCAUCACACUUGGUACUACAUUUGGAGUAAGUACAAAUUAUCCAUACUGUGUUCUUAUUGUGCUUCAAAUAAAUAUAAGAGCACAUAUAUCCCCUGCGUAGUUGAUUUCCUUUCAUUUCCUCUUAAGACUAGUACAAGCCAAUAGAACGAGUUUAGCAGCAGCAUCAAAGUACAAUGACUAAGGCGAAGGGGACAUUGUAAAUCGAUUGUUUCUUCCUGCUCUAGUGAUUCUAUGGUACUGCAAAGCCGGAUCAUUGUCAGGCGAUUUAACACAACUGUAGGGAAGAUGAUAGAGUAGAUAUUGAAGGUCUUCAGUAAACCUCUAUUGACUUUGUUAUUGAACUAAUGCCAAGAUUUGCAUCAGCGAAGCAGUAUCUCAGUGUUGUUGUCUCUUUAAAUUUUUUUUCUUCUUCUCACGAAAUGAAUCACAUGCAAAGUUCAUAGAUACUUUUGAAGGAACAACUUGAAACUCUCUCCAGAGCAAACUUGAUUAGUAUUGGGUGGGUUACAUAUUUGGAAGAAAACCUAAUUUGGCUGUGUCCUUGUUAUCUAUUAUCUCAUGAUGGGAAAUUAUUCAUUCGUUUGGUCUUUUUGAUGCAGUCACUUUCAGGAAUAAUGGAUUCUUCUAUGGAAGACCUUGCACGGUGCCCGGGGAUUGGGGAGCAAAAGGUUAUUUCCUUGUUCUUCAAAUUUGCAUCCAGAUAUGUGUUUUCUUCUAAAGUUGUUGAAUCUCUAUUAAUAUAUAUGUUAAACUCCUUUCUUUCCCAAUGGAAAUCAGUAGAUUCUUGAAAUUUCUCCAAAAACCCAUUUUGUUCAAACUGUUACACCAAGCACCAAACUCUUGGCUCUCUUGAUGAAGGUUCAACUCACAAGGAAAAGAAAUGAACUCUGGGUCAUUACAGGUGAAGCGUCUAUAUGACACAUUCCAUAAGCCAUUCAGGCGUGUCUCCUCCGAAUCUACAGUCCCGCUGGGAGCUUCUGCUAUGGAAAGCGCUCCCAGAGAACCACCUCUGGUGGCCAAGAAUGAUGAACUGGCUGUGGAAGGUACAGCAGAUUCAUCUAAAGAUGGCAAGGAACCUGAUUUCACCGUGAAAUCUGCCUUGUCUACCGCCUUUGCAAAGUAUUCCAGCAAGAUCCGCAGCCGAGAUAGGAAGAACCACUCUGUGGAAGGAGGAAGUGAUGGAACAUCAGGGGAAUAA